UGAAGUGCCUCAAAAGCCUCCUCAGCAUCCAUUAGCAGUGCAUGAAGCCAAUGAAAUAGAAGGAUCACUUGGGUGGACUUUGUCUAAACUUUGCAACGAAAAAUGACUGUGAACUCCAAUUGAUUAAUCAGUUCCAGCAUCAGACCCCACAAUAUUGUAGCCGACGGGCUAGGCAUCAUUCGCAUGCCACAAGUCACAACAUUACUAUUCAUGUGUGAAUGUGACUAAGUGCGCUUGCAUGUGCACUCAUGACUCAUCUAUACAUGUAUAUAUAUUCUUUCUGACCUUGACAUAUUCUUCUCUCAGUUCAAUUGUUGAAUUAUAGUUUGUUCCAAGUUAAGAUGGUGGAUAACGUUGGAGGCAGUUCCUCUAAUGCCGAAAAUAGUGGCAUCAGGGAACAGGACCGGUUGUUGCCAAUAGCCAAUGUUGGGAGGAUCAUGAAGCAGAUUCUACCUCCGAACGCAAAAAUCUCCAAGGAAUCGAAGGAAACAAUGCAAGAGUGCGUGUCGGAGUUCAUAAGCUUUGUAACGAGCGAGGCGUCAGAGAAGUGCAGGAAGGAAAGGAGGAAGACUGUGAACGGGGAUGACAUAUGCUGGGCCUUGGGUUCGCUUGGUUUUGACGACUAUGCAGAGCCAUUGAGAAGGUAUUUGCAAAGAUAUAGAGAACUAGAAGUCGAUAGAGGAAAUAGCCCCCCCAAAAGAGAAUAAGAAUCCUAAGAGAGGUCAAGUAAUUAAUUUAGCUAGAGGAACUAAGCAAAAUGUGUUUUUUUUUUAUCCCCAAGAAUCAAAGACAGGUAUUGUACUCUCUACUCUGUUCAAACAACAGAGCUAAACUCCUUCACUACCGCAGGAAUGUGUCUGAGACAUGCUAGUUUAAGGUUUUGAGGAUGGUGAGAUAAUUAAUUAAUAAUGUAACAAUUCUCUUGUCUUAAUUAACUGGAUUUGUUUGUGUCAAGAUCCAAGAACUAGCUAGCUAAAUUACUUGUUUUGUAUGUUGUUACGUA